GCCUCAGAUGAUGAUCUGCACUGAAGCGAAACAAAGUGAAAGGAAACGAGCAGCAGCGAAAAAACUCUGCACUUUAUUUAUUUAUUUAUUUAACUUGGAAAUACUUAUAUUUUUGGUGUAAAGAUGGCGAACGAUUCUCCAGUGUCACCUCUGAACCAGAUCGAUCUCUGUUCUUCCCAGGACCCUGAGAAGAUCUUCAUUCUGGACAAGAUGGUGGGAAGUGGCUCAUUCGGUGAGGUGUUUAAGGCUAAACAUAUUAAAACAGGAGAGCCUGCUGCUAUCAAAGUCAUUAAAGUAAAUUUGGUGAAUCUGGAGGAUCUGAAGUCUGAGAUCAACCUGCUGAAGACCCAGUCUCACCACCGCAACAUCGUGGAGUAUUACGGAGCUUUCGUCAAGAAAGGAACAUCUGUCACUUCUGGAGACCAACUGUGGUUGGCCAUGGAGUUCUGUGGCGGUGGUUCUGUCUCCGAUCUGAUUAACAGCACAAAAGAAAAGCGUCUAAGUGAGGACUGGACUGCGGUCAUCACCGGAGAAAUCCUCAAGGGUCUGGCUCACCUCCAUAAAUACAAAAUCAUUCACAGAGACAUUAAAGGCCAGAACGUGCUGUUGACCGAUCGUGCUGAGGUCAAACUGGUGGACUUUGGUGUGAGUAAGCAGACAGACGGCAACAACUCUAAGCAGAACACAUUUAUUGGGACUCCGUAUUGGAUGGCUCCAGAGGUCAUCAACUGUAAAGACUCUAAAGGUGCCUACGACUGGAAGAGUGAUGUGUGGUCACUGGGCAUCACAGCCAUCGAGAUGGCCGAAGGAGAACCACCUCUUUGUGGAAUGGGUGCCUUUCAGGCCAUGGCCAUCAUCGUGAAAGACGAAGCUCCGACUCUAAGUCCAGGCAAUUGGUCAGAUAGAUUCCAGUCAUUUAUCCACGGCUGCUUGGUGAAGGAUCCAUCCAAACGUCUGAGCGCUACCGAGCUGCUGAACCAUGCCUUCAUCUGCAAAAUCCGGAAACAGAUCCGACACGUCCGCCACGAGAUUAUGGCACACAGAAACAAACAGAAAGAAGGACAGAGGCUGGCUGAAGAGAUGAGAGAUGGUGAAGCUGAGCAGAUGGAGAGAGAGAGUGCUCUGGGCAAUUCACCACCAAGGCAGGCUGCUCUGAGUCCCAAGAUGUCCAAACAGGCUGAAAGUGAGCGCUACGGAAAACUGUUGCAGGAGCAUGUCAAGAGAAAGGAGUGGGAAAUAAAGCAUGUCAGGUCUGAAAUGAAGAGAAACUACAAAAAAUUGCAGCAGCAGCAGCAGCAUCUGGACCUGGCAGUGGACAACCAGAUCUAUCACAGCAACUGUCCACAACCUCAGAAGAUUCACUCAUCCAACCUGAAGAGGAGUCACGCUCGUCCCUCGUACAUGCGAAACUAUUCCGCUCAGCCUCAGCCUCAUCAGCAGCAGCUCAGCAGUUCACCCUCUAGCCCCGGGCCGGUGCCUCAGAUCUGCAUCUCGCCUCAGAAUGAUUUCGGCGUCCAACAGAAAAGCCGAAGCCCCGAUUCCAGGAAUCACAUCUUGAGGAAUUACAAUUCCUGGAACGCUGAUGCGGGUCAGAAUGGCAAGCGCCGCUCGGCCUCGGUCUCUCCCUGCCGGAGAGGAGAACAAAGCAGCUACAGGGAUGAAAACGGGAACAGCCUGAGGAACAUGAUGCAGAUGUCCAGGAGCCAGGAGAACUUCCAAAACCUGGGGCUCAUCGAUCUAUCCUCUUCUGCUCCCGAACACUUGUUUCGGCAGAUGAUGGACAAGCGAGAGCGCCGCUUGUACUCUGUGCCUCAUGGGAAUUUCCUUGAUGUUCCUCAGCAGCAGCUCCUGUCACCCGUGUGCCACAUAGAGGAGAAAGAAAAUGCUAAAAAAGACAAUCUGCAUUCUUCCUAUCAGGAUCCCUCCAGCUUAUACGUGCAGAACAACCUGGGGUUUGUCAAACCCAACAGGAACCAGGCCAGGCACUCAGAAUCCGCCUGUGGUCAGGACUUCCUGGUCAUGCCUGAUAUGCCACACAAAAACAAACAUGGUGUUAUUAAUUCAGUGAAGGAAAUGAUUAGAAUCCUGGGACUUUCACCUCGCGCAUCACCAUACCAAAGUCCAGCGUCCUCCAGAUCUCCCUCUCCGGGCAGCAGCCCCACACCGUCCACCCCCUGCGACUCGCCCUUUAGCCCCUCCGCAGAAUGGCCUGUUAGACCCAGCUAAACACACGCAUGUCUGUGUAAAGAACUUUUUUAUCCAUGUGAAUACUCAAUUUAGCCAGAAACAAAAAAACCUGUAGAUCUGUAGAUUUCUCUAUGUCUUUUUUCUUCCACACAUUUCCUGCGGUUCUAACAUCACUGCUCAUUUUACAUUUUAUACACACUAUAUAUUGUGAUAUAUCUCACACACACACACCAUGUAUUAUUUUUAUAAUCGUUACUAUUUCAGAAGAACGUGUGCAUAGCUGUGUCCGUGUCACAGACCAGCAUUUGGGGUUCUUUUCAUUUUUAUUUUUUUAAAGGAGAUCUAGCUGAUUAUAUGUGGAUUAUUUUUUUCUUUUUUCAGCUUUGUUCACAUUUUACAAACAACUAACUGUGAAUUUUUUUGUACAAUGAUACUGUAUUAUUGAUGUUAUUGACUUUUAUUGAUAGUUAAGAUACUGGAUUAUUGAGGAUUAAGAUUCUGGAUUAUUGCCUAAUGUUUUGAUG